ACGCUCCAUCAACAUUCAACAACGGUUGUUUGUUAAAAUAAGCAUACCAAAUGAAAAGGAAGGAAAACGUAACAAUUGACCGAACAAGUCCCACAAUUUUACCCUAAGUUCAGUUUCCUUUUCCUGGACUAAGUGAGAGAUUUGACUUUUCAAUACUCCAUGUCAACGCACCCCAAACGCGCAGACGAACAAGCUCAGUAUAGAAUGAGCUACCGUUUCACUUCGACUUCCGUCUUGUUGAGUUAGAGCGCAGAAUCCGAUUUGGUCAAAAUAAAACUCGAAGAAGGUUUAUCAUGCUGAUUCACGUCUUAAGAGUUCUGGCUGAUUAAGCUUUCCUACCUUUCGUUUACGUUAAAUGUCGCUGAUGCCCAAUAAAAUUUGCCUUGCCUUUUUCAUGUAGUAGUAACACAAGCUUCAUAGAAGAAAGAGUUCCAAAAAGAACCUUCACUUUGUUCUUGUCUUUCAUUGUUUUGAUCUGCUUAGUGUGAUUAAUCAAAAGGAUGCCUCUCUGAUUCAAAGGAACAUGCCUCGUUUGCUUCGAAAUCCCUUCUCAUUGAGGCAGUGCAAAUGCCUAUUUGUUUCUGUGCUCCUGGUGUGUGCUGUGAUGGUGUUGGUGGCACUGAAACUACAUCCAGAACUAGUCAAAGCUCCGUUUCAUUAUGAUAUCUCAAACAGUGCUCUCACAUCUGGGCAAAAAACACAGAACUCUCCCAAUAAAGAAACAGUUGAUCAGCAAACUGGAGACAGUGACUGGACUGAUAGUGUUCAGUUCCUUCCCCAUACAGACCCUAUUGUGACUAGCACAGCUGGUGACCAAGCAAUCAAGGGUUACAAAGCUUUUGCUACCCAGAAUUUGGAAAAUGUAGUAAAUUCUGGACCAAUCUUCUAUCACCAGAAAGUUCCAAGUUAUUAUCCAGCUAGUCCCAUUAUAAGAGGUGACACACCAGGAGGAGAACCACAAAGCAUUGUGAAGCCUAUGGGGAAUUUGCCAGGAAAUGUCUAUAUGUCUCAGGGUGCAGCGCCAGUUAAUCCAAAAGAUACACCAAUCUUUGUUCCAGAACGUCGACUUGUUCAUUUUGAUCUGAAAGGCGCUCCGCCAAAAAUUGACUAUUUACAACAACUAAUCCCACUUAUAGUGCAGUUGGGAGGUACAGGACUACUCUUAGAGUAUGAAGACAUGUUCCCUUAUGAUGGAGUUUUGAAACCCAUUGCUGCAACGAAUCACUAUACUCGGGCAGAGAUUCGUUCGCUGUUGAAUGUUGCGGAAGCUUAUAAAUUGGAGGUGAUACCACUCGUCCAGACAUUUGGGCACUUGGAAUAUGCACUGAAAUUGCCCCAGUUUUCCCACCUGAGAGAGAAUCCUAGUGUACCGCAGGCUUUGUGCCCGUCGCAAAAUGAAUCCUUCGUUUUAAUUCAAAAUCUGGUUGAUCAAAUUAUGUCGAUGCACGGAGGAAGCAAGUUUCUCCAUAUCGGAUGCGACGAAGUCUUUCACAUAGCCGAAUGUGCAAUCUGUUCACUCAAGCCCAAAGAUGAUAUUUUUCUCUCUCAUGUCUACCGGGUGGCUUCAUACGUCACCAGCAAGUACAAAGUUAAACCCAUCAUUUGGGAUGACAUGCUGAGACAUAUGACUGCUGCUGCGCUUGAUGACGCCAAGCUAGGAGAUCUAGUUGAACCUAUGGUUUGGGUGUACGCUGAAGAUGUCUAUCGUUUCGCGGGAUCCUACGUAUUUGAUCGGUACUCGCAAGUGUUUCCAUCAUUUUGGAUAUCAAGCGCAUUUAAAGGCGCCUUUGGAGAAACUAUGAUAGUCCCAGAUGUUACGCGUCAUUUGGAAAAUAAUCUCAACUGGCUGGACGUUGGAAAAGCGGAAAGUCCUAAAUUCCGACAAGGACUCCGAGGUCUAGCCAUCACGGGAUGGCAACGUUACGAUCACUUUAGCAAUCUCUGUGAAUUGUUACCGGCAGCCAUUCCUUCUUUAGCCGUCAACUUAUUGACUACUUCCCGAGGAUAUUACAAUCAAUCGCUGGCACCAACUCUUUAUAAAGCCCUAUCUUGCCAGAAGGCUCCGCGGUAUGAAAAGAUCCCCGACCUCAGAACGAGCCGUUCAGACCGGUUUUUACACGAAAAGAUGACCAUGUGCUUUUUCCCUGGUGCCCAUUUCUUCAAAAGCACUGCCCGCAUCCUCCGGCUGGAAAAAGAAAUCGAAGAAUUUGUUCUACUGACUACAAAACGAAAGGGCUGGCUGACGGAGUAUAGUGUCCGACAUAAUUACAGCAGCCCAGCCCGGAUUGAUGAGCUUUUACGCGACUUGCCUUACCUCUCUGGCAGUCUAAAUUCCGUAGCCAAGCAGACGAUGGAUAUGCUUAAACACAUUUACGACGUCCAUACGGUUUCUGAAUGGAUGGAACAAAAACUACUUCCACUUUUCGAGAAGUUAGAUCGCAUCCAAAUGGACGCAGCCACAUUACGUUCACAAAAGUAUUGGCCCGUUCGCCCACUGAAAUUAUUUGAUGGGUGGCAGCAGUACGGCCUCAAUUUCGGCAGCGUUUUCAACUUGAACGACACGCAGCUCAGCACUCGAAACUGAUAACUCACGAAUCCCAAAUAUAUGAAGCUGCAAUAUAUGUAUACUACAUUUUCACUCUUCUGUUGCACUGGAAAGACUCUCCCUCCCCAAUGUGCACAUUUUUAUCCAUUCCCUGCUAUUUCGCAUGAUAUUUUUUUUUCUUCAUUUUCGAUUUUUUUUUUCAAAUAAUACUCGACUGUUUUAACGCGCUGUUCACGUUCCUAUAUUUAUCAAUUUUUUAUUUUUUUUUUCGUCGGCAACGGUAGCACUGGAACAAAAGUUUAUUAUUCCUUUAUCUUUUUUUGUUUUGACCUAAACUGACGACUAGAUUUGGUUAAAGAAAAGAUAAAUUUAAUACAUCAGCUAAAAAUCG